AUAUUGCCGAUGGUGUUUUGUUUAUUAAAUUUGACAGAUGUCAGGGUACCGUCAAAAAUCUACCUAAUCUUUAAAUUAAAAACAAAACGAAAAAUGUAAUUAAGGACUGAUAAAGUGUAAAUAAAAAAACGCACAGCAAAUAUCAAAUCAGUCGAGUGCAAGCAUUUAAAAUGUCAAUAAACAGCACUUUGCUGAGCUGGAAAUUUUUUGUUGCGGUGUUUUCUUCAGUUAUUUUGCUUGGAUUUUUGAAUUAUUCAUUGGAAAUAGUGCCUGUUAGUGGACUGACGUUUGUAAUAACAUUCGUAGCAGUAUGGUUUGUGUCACUGUUUAUUACCCUGAUUACUUUUCACAAAAUGCUGCAAAAAAACAAACCAAUCGACUUGGAAUUCUUCAAAGUUGCUAAUGCAAAAACCCCAGAAAAAACGUUCAUGUUAAAACCCGAUUCCGAGGCAGUAAAGAAGCUUGCAGAAGACAUUGAUAAGUAUUUUAUUACCAAGUGGUAUCGCUAUAUUAGUGUGAACAAUGAUUUUACAGCUGAGAGUAAAUGUGUUUUGGAAGAUGUUUUGAAUAGGUUAUCAGAGGUUCUUAUGCAGGUUAACAGUAAAAAAUUACUGCAUGGUAUUUUAAAUAUAUACUUGAAACAUUUAAAAGAGUUUAGACGGACUUUAAAACGAAAGGAGAAGUAUGGAGGUGAAAUAGGAGAACUGUACAGAUACUCACAUGUAUGUAUUAAUUCAGAACAAUCCCAAAAAUAUUAUCUGCACCAACUAACAAUAAACCUGCUGAAUCAUUUUAUAAAUUGGGAAUUAUGGAACUCUUUACCUUGCCAUGCUUUGGUUUCGAUUAUAGCAAGAAAACUGACAACUUACAUUUUAAAUUUAUUAUCAAGCCCACUAUUUUUAAACUACCACAUCCUAAAUUUAAUCGGAUCAAAAGCUGUAAAAUCCUCCAUGAAAUUAGAGAACUAUUCAAAAAUUUGUUUUGAAGAAAACUUUGAUGUAACCUACUCUGGAAAUAAUCAGGAUGAAGUGGAUGAGAUUGUUAAGGGGAAGGUGUCUAAGGAUACAAAAAAACAAGUUCAUAACACAGAGCAAGAAGAGAAAGAAAAAAUGGUUAUCAAGAAGGAAUCUCCCAAGAAGAAAAAGGUCACACCAAUAGAAAUAAAACCUGUUAUUGUAAAUGAACCACCUGCAGAAGUUAUUGUACAAGAUCCUGUCAAAAUACAUGAACCUAAAGGCUCAUCUUCAAAAGUUUGGAAUGAUUCUCAAGAUUUAAUCUCUGUUUCCUUUGGUAUGGACCCAUUGGAUUCCUUUUUGGGCGAUGACAAACCUCCUAAAACUCAUUGGGAUGGUAAGGUGGGCAAAGUUGAUGACCCUGUGGAAUCCCCAACCAGUGCUACCAAUAUGUUGCUUAAUGAGGUUAGGCAUAUUACAUCCAUGGAGGGGAUAAGAAGUUCAAUUAAACCAAUUAGUGACGCUACGGUAACUACACUUCACAACAUAAAGGAUCUGCAGGAAUCAACAGUAAAUAACGCUAUGACGAAGUUAGGCGACUUCCAGCCACCAGUACCUCAGGAUGAAGCAGCAGGAGUAGUUGAAGGGCUGCUGGAUUUUGGUAGGGCAGGCCUGCGCAAAGGGCUAAGGCUCACAGGAUUGCAGGACAACAUCCAGAACGCCAAAGCUGUUUUGUCAAACAACUCGAGACCGAAAAGUAAACCGACAAAGUUAACGCGUUCUGAUUCUACUGAAAAAACGAACAGUUCCGGAGAUAGUGUGGAUUCAUGCUGGAUAAAUCCUUUGCAGGAUACGCCCAAUUCUGACGGACAAAUACUAUUGGAAAAAGCAAAACCUGCAGAAGAUGCGGAAAAACCCAGGGAUGAAGUUGACUUCCCUGUUAUUCCUUCGAUAUCUACUGAAAGUGAAGAAAGUCCAGACCUGGAAUACGAAGAACCCGCAGAUUUGGAGUCUACUAUCGCAAAGUUGAGGUGUUUAUUGGAGCAGAAGUCUUCUGAAUCCAAUUUAUCGACUCCUGCUUUAAGCCCAAUGCCUCCAGAUGAUUUUCAAAAAAUAAACCAGGACCCAGGGACCGACAUGGAGGAUGGCGUCAUGCCCAGUUUUUACAAGUUGUGCGCAAAAACUGCUACCGGAGUUAUUAAUAAAUCUAUUAACACCAUUAAGACGGCCCUUCCUGGUAAUAGUAGCGAUCAUAUUUUAAACACAGAAGGUUGGAUGUUUAUUGAAAACGAAGAAACUGAAAAUGAUUUAUUGUCGAGAGUCCACAAGUUAUUAAAUGAGAGAAAGGAGUUUUGUAAGGUUGACACUGCCUAUGAGGCAAUUGAUUCUUUGGAGUCUAUCAGUAAUCCUGUUGACAUUGGUAGCAAGGUACAAUUUGAAGACGAAUUGGACGAUUUUGAAGUAAGAUUGCCAAUUACCAAAGCGAUUUUUGACAUAAUGUGCGAAUUGCUGGCGGAUACGGAAUCUCUUCUACUGCAAGAAUCAAUGAUAAAAGCUAUUAUGUUGUCUUUUGGAAACUCCAUCGAAAAAAAUAUAGUCUCAAAGACGGAAAACUUGGUGCAGCAUUUUUGUGUUCACUUAUUUACAAUACCGGAUACAACGAUUAAUAACAAGUUAUUUGUUGGGAUGGAUAUUUAUAUUAACGCUAUUUUGAAUAGUUUUCCAGAUUAUAUUAAAAUAAUAUUUUCAAAGGAAAAUUUGCAACCAGCUCUGCAACUUUUUAUCUCUUCCCUGCAAAACGAAAAAAUUAAUCAAGAUAUUUUCCUGCAGGUAUUUGAGAUGCUUUCUAUGAAGCUUAUAGAAGAAAAUAUAGUACAAUUUUCACCUCCAGUUUCCGCCUAACUUUUUAAUUUUAACUUAUUACUUGACAUUCCUAAAUAUUCCUUUUUGACCAAAAUAAUUUUAUUUCUAUUUUCUGUGCCAUAUAUAUUAUUUUUCUGAACUAAACCAAAGACUAGUCUUCUUAAAAGUAAUUAAAAUGUAGUUAAAUGUUGUAUUUAAAAAUGUAUUUUGUUAUUAAUAUUUAAAAAGUAUU